GUAUCAAGAGUGAUUUGAAUAAAUCAAAUUUCUACAAAGAAGUUUUCAGCACUUUCUGUCUAUAAUACAUAAACAUAUGAAAAAUAUCCAGUCAGUAACCAAUGGUUUCUUCUUUCUGAUUGAUCAUGUUAUAUUCGUCAUGAUAGUUCCGCGUUGUUUAAACAUGGCAUUGAUACGAAGUUUAAAUGGGACGUUGCGUUAAUUGUUCAUUAAAGUAUUAAGCUUCAGUUAAAACGAAAUAAGUUGUGGAGUCGAGCCUAAAUGCAAGAAAUAAAACUAAAUUACAUCGAAUAGGAAAAGAGGAUAGGUUAAAAUAAAGAAACAAAUUUUAAAGGGUUAUUAUCGAUACGAUUAAAAAACUGAACCAUGUAAACGAUCUGUAAAGGAAAAAGUUGCUUCGUUUCAGUAUUAGGAAUCUUCUGGUGUACACUUCAUAUGCGCUCAUUUUGAGACACACUGUAUUAGGGAUCUUCAUUUUUGAAUAAGCAAUGUGCAUUAGAUUGGAAGAUUUACGUCACGUGUCUUCUGACAAACCAAUCACAUGUAACUUACGAUAAUGAUGUUACUUCUCCAAAUGUCUCAAUUAUUAUUGUAACAUGUGCACUUGAUUGUGCACCUUUCUCAUAUGUAUAGUGGCAUAUUGUCAAAAAUAUACCAAGGGUAAUAUAUAAUAAGAAUUUACAUAGCUUUUACGAAUUAAAAUGGAUCUGGAUACAGCUUAUAUUGGUAAGUAUCUUAUCUGUACACUUAUUUAAAAGAAUUGUGGUAAGACAGGAAAGUAUUAUGCAUCAUCAGUCAUGUCCGAGUAUUCUCUCUUUGUAAAAUUUAAUCAGAAUUCGCAGGAAGUUAGAAGUACUUAUAAAGUAUUUUAUUACUUUUGUACUCGUAUUAUAAAAAAUAUAUAUGAAUCAUAAUUGUAAUACUAAUUAUAUAUGGCACAGUAUAAAAGUGUAUAUUUUAUUUAUAAAAUUUAUAUAAAAAUUGCUACAUGAAGAUUAUAUGAUCCAUUAUAUUCAUAAUAUUGAUGGAUAUUCAUGCUAAAUAUUCAUUAAUGUCAGAGCCAUUUAUUCAUGACUGGGUAGAACACAUCCAACAACUUGCAAAGGAACAAGAACAAAAGCUGAGUGAUAAUAAAUUUAACACUGCCAUGCCAUUUAUAGCGAUUCUACCAUCUACCGUCAAAACUGCCUUCAAAAUAGCGGAGUAUCUAGAGUUAAAACCGAACGUGAAGUACAUGGCGAUUCAAUUGUACGACAAGUUUAUGUGCUGCCAGUUCUGGAAGGUUUACAAAACUGAAUUAAAAAAUGGCAUUUCUGAGGCUUCAUGGAUUGCGAUUUGCAAGAAGAUUUCUCAAAAGACAAAACUAUAUCUUAUGUCGUGCUUUCAACUGGCAUGCAAAAUGGAUUCGGCCUCCAAUAACUUGGGAAUAUCACUAAUUCGUAGUAUCCUGCGUCUAAUUGACAGUGAGACUGAGUACACGCAGAAUAUGAUCUUUGCCAGUGAAAUGGAGGUUUUCAAGAUGGUAGAUUUUAAAAUGCCCUUUUGUACGCCGUUCCAGUGCAUCGAGAUUUUCCUGGCGGUGACCGGACUCAGAGAAUCGCCGAACACACUUAACAUCUCGCUACAUUUAUUAGAUUUAACUUAUUUAAAGCACGACACAUUGUACUCGCAAUUUCAUUUUUAUUACGUACACAAGACUAAUUCGAAUAUAGAAUAUGCGAUGAAGAAGGUGAUGCUGCUAAAGUCAAAUGUACUUUUCCUGAGCGCGGUGGUGGUAUUAUGCACAACGCUGUUUUUAAAAACAAAUGUUUCGAAGGACCGAGGUAUUAUGGUAGCAAAAUUGGCCGAGUUAUCAAAUACGAAGGAUACUGAUAUAUUUGGAAUGGCCAAUAUAUUGCUCCUGAUAGCGACGCAAGAAUAAUAGGAACAUAUAAAUGUUAGAUAUAUGGAUAGAAUAUAUGGAACAUAAUUAUAUAAUUAUAUAAUUAUGUAUAUAUAUUACAUAUAAUUCGUGUACAUAUUAUGUAAAUAUUCUGUACUAAUAAUUAUAGAAAUACGAAUAAUUGAACAAAAGUAUCAUAUAUAAUUGUAUAAUUGUCUAUAGUUUUAUUCUUUGUGAUCUCAGCUUACAAUAAAAUAAAUAUUUAAAUAGUA